AUGAUCCUCUCAUCAGCUCCACUGAAUGUUGGUGGUCUUUUGAUCACAGUAUUUGCGUCCAUUCUUGAAGUAUUUCUACUAUGUCUCGCCGGUUAUGUUCUCGCAUGGAAAGGCAUCCUGGAUAAGAAGACGCAAAAGCAGAUGAACAGAAUCAAUGUUUCGCUAUUUACGCCCUGUCUUCUUUUCUCAAAAGUUGCCUUCUUUUUGUCACCAGAAAAACUGCGCGAAUUAUGGGUUAUACCGAUCUUUUUCAUCAUUGUCACGACGGUGUCGAUGUUUGUUGCUUGGUUUCUGGCAGUGACUUUUCGGUUGAGUAGAUCGCAGAGGAGCUUCGCGAUCGCCGCUUCUAUGUUUAUGAACUCGAAUUCCCUGCCUGUCGCACUCAUGCAGUCCCUUGUGGUCACUGUACAUGGGCUGAAAUGGUCUAAAGAUGAUAACAAGAAUGCGAUGCUUGGACGAGCAUUGACUUAUCUGGUCUUGUACAGCACAUUUGGCAUGAUUUUACGCUGGAGCUACGGUGUCCGUCUCCUUGCGCAAGCCGAUGAUCCUCUGGAUUCACCAAUCCGACUGCCUGAGGACGGAGACGCCGAGGGAGAAAGACGAAUUCGUGACCUGGAAGCAAUGUUGCCUUCCGCCUCCACGGCAACUAUGGUCGACACCCAAUCGCAAGGGCAUCAAUCCAAAACUCCCAGUAUAAUCAUCGAUGAUUCAUUCAUGAGAGAAUCGUCUCCUUCGCCACCGCCACCAUUAGCUAAACCCUUCGAUAAAGAUGCCACUCUACGUGCUCGUCCCGAUUUAACCAAGAGUCACCUUCAUAAAUCCUCGUACUUUUAUCGUUCGUUCCCAAAUUCUCCCAACCAAUCGAAAGUGUCUCUUCCAGAUAUCGAAGACACGGAGGUGGAGGAAGGACGGGGCUUGGUGGAAGAAGACCGCGCGCGUAAUGCUGAAGUUGUUACUCGACAACCCAAUGUUCGACAAUCUUCAAUUUGCUCUACGCAGUCUCGCCACUCGCAUGUACUUGAACAGCCGACUGCCCUUCAAAAAUAUCUGUUGCACCCAAUGUCAAUAUUCUGGCACGGAUUCACAGACUUUAUGACAGUUCCUCUGUACGCCGCCUUUCUAUCAAUAAUUGUUGCUUUACUUCCAACUAUACAACACACCUUGGAAGUACACCUGUACCCUAUCAAAGGUGCCUUGGAGAGCUCUGGAUCUUGUUCCAUUCCAGUAACAUUGGUUGUUUUGGGCGCAUACUUUUAUAAAGAGAAGGACGGAUUCGGUGACGGAAUGAGCGUGAUACCUACGAGAAUGGAAGGCGUACAGGAGGCAGGGGCUAUUCCCGGAGGGAGCAAUGGUGUAGACAAUAGAUCCAAGCUACCAGGGGGUCCCUCUCAGCCGUCCGCAGUCCAACAUUGCAGAGAUCUGUUCUCAAAGUUGAACCCAAAGCGGAAGCGACGUCCUGCUUUCCUUCACUCUGAUAACGGCGAUAUGCCGCUUCCCGGUGAGACGAAAACGGUAGUGAUCGCGAUUCUGUCGAGGAUGGUGCUGACACCUUUGGCGUUGAUGCCCUUGGUAACGUUCGCGGCCAAGGAGGACUGGCAUAGCGUUUUCGAAGACCCCGUUUUCGUUGUAUCCAAUGUACUACUAAUUGCUUCACCUCCCGCCCUAACACUUGCUCAGAUCACUCAAGCUGCGUCCGGAGAUGCAUUCGAACGACUCAUUUCCCGCACCAUUUUUUGGAGCUACUGUAUUGUUACCCCGCCGUUGAUGAUUUUGUACGUUGCCGUGGGCUUGAUUCUGACUGGAAUUUGA